AUGUUAGUAUUGAACUAUUCAUUACUUCUCAAUACUUCAGCUAACGCUGGUUUCGCUAGAGAGAAGUAUAAUUAUCCAGAGCUACCUGACAUUUGUUCAUAUAGGAACAAUGUACCUAUAGUCUGCUGCACUGAUUGUAAAAUUCCUGAUACAGAACGAUAUCGUCAUACCGCCAUAGGCCCUCUAGCAACACUUGUUGAUACUACAGGCCCAGUUGCUUGGUCUAAAUGCCUAGAAUAUUUCCAACGCCUGCCAUACCCAUGUCGACAUCAAGGAAAUUUCGAGCUAAAAAAGAUAUGGAAAGAAGAUAAACGGUGUCAUGAGUACAAGAUAAAUAUAGCCCUCGUGGUUGGAGGAAGAAGUGCACAAAGAUGGGAAUUCCCUCAUAUGGCUUUACUAGGAUAUGGGGAUGACGAGAAAUCAGAAUCCACGCAAUGGUUGUGUGGAGGAACUGUGAUCAGCGAGAGAUUCAUACUCACUGCUGCACACUGCAUAUAUACCAAAGCUUUAGGCAACGUUUCAUAUGCUGCACUUGGACUGCUAAAACGUACUGACUCGAAGGAGUUAUGGAACAUACAUAAAAUCAAGAGGAUCAUUCCCCAUCCUGAAUACAGUGCUCCUUCCAAAUACCAUGAUAUCGCACUUUUGGAAACCGAAACCGAAAUAAAGUUUGCAAAAAAUCUUCUGCCGGCGUGUCUGGAUGUGGGAAAAAGCAAUUUACAUACGGUUGAAGCUUCCGGUUGGGGCCGUUUGGGUCAUAAAAUGAAUUUAGCUGAUGCAUUGCAAGUUGUAGACCUCCGGCAGUUUGAAGAUAAAGAAUGUGCGGAUCUAUUCCCACCACACAGACAUCUGAAACACGGAUACGAUCAUGAAAAACAAAUGUGUUACGGGAAUCACAAAGAGAUAUUUGAUACUUGUGAGGGUGACAGCGGUGGUCCUCUCCAGACGAACCAGUUCAAAUGUCAGUACACAGUGGUAGGUGUGACGUCAUACGGCAAGAACUGCGGCAUCCCCGGCUCGGCUGGCAUGUACACCAGGGUCUCUUACUACGUGCCCUGGAUCGAGAGCAUCGUCUGGCCUGAGGAGACAGAAGAACGCAUGAAACAAGACGAUCUUUGGCUUGAUAAGUGGCUAAAUAUUACACUUUGA